AUGGCCGGCGUCCCCGUCGAGGCCGGCAGCGAGCUGGCGCAGGCGAUCCAGAGCGCCGUGCAGCCCAAGCUCAUCGAGAACGGAUGGGUGGCGGAGGAGACCGACACGACUCUCUCAGAGUACGUGACGAUGAUGAUGGUGAACGGUAAGGACCUCCAAGGCGUCGCGUCAGAGUUGGGAGGAGACUUGCUGGGCGUGGGCGAGGACGAUGCGGCGGUUAUGGCAUUCGCGCAGUGGCUGUUCGAGCAGGUGCAGAUUAUGGCGGGGCCGCAGAUGAAGCAGGAGAUGGGCGGGAUGCCGGAAGUGAAGCAGGAGCAGAUGGAGGCACAGUCUUUCCCCGUAGCGCAAGACGACGCGCAGAUGGACGAUGCUGCUGCUUCGAGUGAGCCUAUCCCGAGCGGGCCAAAAGCGAUGCGCAAUGGCGGUGGUCCGGGUCGAGGACGAGGCGGACGUAUGCUCGGUCAGCUUAAUAGCCACAUGAACCGCGAGCAGAACCAAGCAGAUCCUUUACGGCGGAUAAAGGGGGCAGCAGGAGGUCAGGCGGGCAGGAUCGACUCACACGGAGGGAGAGGUGCGCCUCGAGGACCCAGAGGAGGACGGGGUGCGGCGAACGGUAUACAGCGCAUGAUGAACGGCAGAGGAGGCGCACAAGCCGCGAUGGGACAAAUGAACCCGAUGGUGCAGCAAGGCGCGAUGAACUCGCUAGAUCCAUCACAACAGAUGGCCUUCAUGCAGAUGAUGGAGAUGCAGGCGACGAUGAUGCAGCAAAUGCUCCAACAAAACGGCGGCCAAGCACCCAACUUCGCCCAGCAAAACAGCAACAAAUCCCUCUUCGACCGCGUCGACAACAAGCGCCCCAACGGCAACUUCAAAUCCCGCCAAUACCAAAAACCCACCCCCGGCCAAAACGGCGACACCAAUUCGAUGGAAAUCGACGGCGAAGGCAACCCCAAAGCCCCCUUCGACACCGUCUGCCGCUUCAACGCCGCCUGCACCAACCCCUCGUGCCCCUACGCCCACCAAUCCCCUGCCGCCCCACCAAACCAAACCCUCGACCUCACCGACACCUGCUCCUUCGGCCCGGCGUGCGAGAACCGCAAAUGCGUCGGCCGCCACCCCUCCCCCGCGCAGCGCACCCAACAUCUCAAGCAAGAAGUCGACUGCAAAUUCUUCCCCAACUGCAACAACCCCAACUGUCCCUUCCGACACCCCGACAUGCCUCCGUGCAGGAACGGAGCGGAUUGCAACGUCCCCGGGUGCAGAUUCACGCACAGCAAGAUCGCAUGUCGAUAUAACCCGUGCACGAAGCCGCAUUGUCCUUUCAAGCAUUCGGAAGGGCAGAAGGGGGUGUUUAAGGAUAAAGUGUGGACGCCGGGGGCGGAUGGGGUGCCGAGCCUGGAAGGCGAGGGGGGUGAGGGGCAGGGAGGAGAGGGGACGGCGAUGAGGUUCGCGGGGUUUAGUACGGGUGGAGAGGGGUCCGAGGAGUUGAUUUUGCCUGGACAGCAGAACGGGCAACAGCAGGGGGAGGUGAAGCAGGAGAAUGGAGAGGCCAUUAAGACUGAGGCGGUGUCUACCUAG